AUGCACCCGUUCGUAUUCGCCACACAGGCGUUGAGGCGCUCGGCGCAGGUGAGGAUAGGACGCGCUCGCGAAUUCUGGUCGAAGCCAUGCGUAUAUAAAGCCAAAGUCGUAGGAAAAUCCGCUUUCAAGCUCGCCAACAUGGCUUGCGCCUUGCACAUAUUUGCUGAAUACGUUGGGACCGUUUCUCUGAUGAGUGGACUCUCUAUGAUGCCUACUCUUGCGGACUCUGGUGAGAUAGUCGUAGAAGACCGACUAUCCAUACGCUGGAAUCCCACUGGAAUAGCUCGGGGGGAUCUUAUUACGCUUUACUCACCCCUUGACCCCUCGCGAAUCAUUUGCAAAAGAGUCAUAGGGCUGCCUGGGGACGUCGUAUGCGUUGACCCAACCGGCCAGAAGGCCCCCUCCACUGAACACAUUGUCGUUCCCAAAGGACACCUAUGGAUAAGCGGCGAUAAUGCUGCCAUGUCAAGAGAUUCUCGUGAUUAUGGACCAGUUUCAAUGUCCCUUGUCCGGGCGAAGCUACGAGCUAGGAUAUACCCAGAUAUCACUAUAUUCAGGAACCCCAUUACAUAUCUAGACUAA